AUGUCGAAGAAGAAAUCAAAAGCACAAAAGAAGAAAUUCUUUUCUCAACCGAAAAAUAGGAAAAGGGUGUUUAAAAAGAAGGAAAAGCCAGCAGUUGUUCCUAAGGUGGAUUCACAUCUGCGAAAACGUGGAGCUUUUCAGGUGCUCGUGCCGUUGGAUUGCGGCACCAUACCUCAUUGUUCCCAUGGUCCAUGCUUGUUAUUUGGCGAGAGGGUAGACGGAGUGAUCAAAUCACGAUUCUUCGCCUGCGCCGUAUAUAGAUGUGACCCAACUGCAUGCCCUUACAAAGCAGAGCUCGACGAAAUUAACAACAUCGUAAAAGUUGAAGGGGAAGCUGGUCAAUCGAUGAUAACAAAAAAUAGUAAGGAAUGUGACACCAAAGACAAAGCUAUUCGUUAUGGAUUUAUACCGAAAAAGCUCAAAGAGAUUCCGAAGUCAUCAACGUUGGUGUUCUGCCAUGAAUGUGUCGAUGUUUUCGAAACAAAACACAAGUGUCCGUCUGAAGUCGUAACAAGAGCCCAACUACGGUUUCCAUCCAGGCUUCUGCAUGCUCGAGAAUCUGAAAGUGGAGAAGCUCAAUUUUUCUUCUCCGAUGAAGCGCUCUCAGUACUUUCUGAGGCAGUUGAACGAUCUGGUGUAGACGGUGUGUUAUGCCUUGGGGCACCAAGAGCUCAUUUCUACCCUGCACGUCAGUUUGGACAGUACAGCAUGCUUGUCGAUUACUUCUUCGACACGAAAACCGUAGCAAAGCUCGAUGGAUUCUUUGCAGAAUGUGAAACUGUUCUACUUGUAUGCGAUCCACCCUUCGGAGUUUUCGUAGAACCUCUCAUGAGAAGCAUUGAUGCACUGAAACGGCGUCAUAAAGAAGCUCGCGGCGAUAAAUGUGCGACAUUCUAUGGAUGUAUAGCUAUCCCAAUGUUUGUAGGCAAACACAUCCUACGAACGGAUAAAAGCUAUUGGAUGAGUGACUAUAGGGUUACGUAUGACAACCACAAGGUUUUCGCUAAACCUUCGAAAACUACCGUUAGAUUUUUCACGAAUCUAAGUCCGAACAUGCUUGAUUUGUCUACUAUCGAAGGAUACAAGUUCUGCGAGUUUUGUGAACGGCACGUUGCAAAAGAUAACAAACACUGCUUCAUGUGCUCGUUCUGCACGUCAAAGGACGGAUCACCAUAUAAACACUGUGAACGUUGCAUGCGAUGUGUGAAAAUAAGCUAUCGUCACUGCAAAAAGUGUGAACGUUGUCAUUUGGAAGGACGUUGUUCCGCAAAGGAUGAGAACGAUCGGGAUGUUUGA